AACACCUUCCACUACGCCGGCGUCUCGGCCAAAAACGUCACCUUGGGCGUCCCCCGCCUGAAGGAGCUCAUCAACAUCUCCAAGAAACCCAAGACGCCGUCGCUCACCGUCUUCCUCCUCGGCCAGAGCGCCCGCGACGCCGAGCGGGCCAAGGACAUCCUGUGUCGCCUGGAGCACACCACGUUACGGAAGGUGACAGCCAACACCGCCAUCUACUACGACCCCAACCCUCAGAGCACGGUGGUGGCCGAGGACCAGGAGUGGGUCAACGUCUACUACGAGAUGCCGGACUUUGACGUCAGCCGCAUCUCGCCCUGGCUGCUCCGCGUCGAGCUCGACCGCAAGCACAUGACUGACCGCAAGCUCACCAUGGAGCAAAUUGCUGAGAAGAUCAAUGCUGGCUUUGGGGACGACCUCAACUGCAUCUUCAACGAUGACAACGCGGAGAAGCUGGUGCUGCGGAUCCGCAUCAUGAACAGCGACGAGAACAAGAUGCAGGAGGAGGAGGAGGUGGUGGACAAGAUGGAUGACGACGUCUUCUUGCGCUGCAUCGAGUCCAACAUGCUGACGGACAUGACGCUGCAGGGCAUCGAGCAGAUCAGCAAGGUGUACAUGCACCUCCCCCAGACGGACAACAAGAAGAAGAUCAUCAUCACGGAGGACGGGGAGUUCAAGGCUCUCCAGGAGUGGAUCCUGGAGACCGACGGC